AUGAAGUCUUCUUGUUAUUGCCUGCUACUGUUUGUGCUUGUUUCUGCUGCAAGCAUAUGGGGUAUGUCUGCACAUCCCCUUCAUCAAUUAGGCGGAAACGCUGCCGUGACCAAAAUUAAUGAUGUUUCAACCGUAAGGGGCCAAGAUAUUGAUGAAAUGGUUAGUCCUUCUACAUCUACUGCUACUAAGGAGGACACGAAGAUAGGAGGAAGGAAAAUGGGUGCUCUCCACAAGGUUGUGAGGUUAGAGAAGGAAUUUAAAGUAGAAGUGGACGCUGAGAGUGGAAGGAAGAGCAACUCAAAGACGGCUUCAAGCAGCAGCUCAGAGCUUGAAGGAAAAUCACCACGUCGCAGUCAUGAAGCGAAUACGAUUGGAAAUGGAGAAAGUAGACAAAGUAGCAGUGUAAAAGGAGGUGUUGAUCAUGAUCAUAAUGAUGAAUAUUCUGCAGGUUUUGUAGCUUUUAGUCAGGAUUACCAUUCACCAAGGCACCACCCUCCUAAGAAUAACUAG